AUGAGCACCCUCACAAAGCCGACUCGUUUUCUCACCGAUGUUGCGGAGCGCGUGAAGCCCGAGCUGAGCCGCGGCACGGAUGUGUGGACGUUUUUUAACCCCCUCGUGUUUCCCAGUGCCGUCAACCUGGGCCAAGGCUACAUGAACUGGAAGCCACCAGCCUUUAUCCUGGAUCCUCUGCUCCAAGAGAUGGAGCAUCGCACAGAACUGCACCACUACUCGCAUGCACGUGGACGUCCGCGUCUGCGCGAGGCGAUCCGCGAGCAUUAUUCGGAGAGCUACUGCAAGCCAAAAGACACUGAAGCUGUACAGCAAGGCACGGUACGUCUCGACGACCAUGGGCUGCCUGUGCGCCGUCCGGUGAGCAACAUUCCGCUCGAUAUAGAGAAAGAAAUGGUUGUUACUGCGGGCGCAAACGAGGGCAUGUAUGCAGCCAUGUGUGCGUUUAUCGAUGAGGGCGACGAGGUGGUCAUGUUCGAGCCAUUUUUCGACCAGUACGUGUGCGAAGUCUCGUACAAUGGCGGCGUGCCCGUGUACAUUCCCAUGAUCCCAGGUACUUCUGGUGGUGCCCAUGUCGACGCGAAUGACUGGUCGUUUGACUGGGACUUGCUCGAGGAAAAGUUGCAGAGCCCGCGCGUCAAGGCGCUCUUUCUCAACACGCCAUACAACCCGAUCGGCAAGGUAUGCACGCUCGCUGAGCUGCAGCGCCUCGCGCAACUAUGCAUCAAAUACGACAUUUUAGUGAUCUCUGACGAGGUCUACGAUUGCCUGACCUACGACGGCCACCAACAUAUCCGUAUCGCGAGCAUCGACGGCAUGUGGGAUCGAACACUGACCAUUGGUAGCGCUGGCAAGUCGUUUGCAUGCACAGGAUGGCGUGUCGGCUGGGUCAUUGGCGCACCGCAUCUUGUAGGGCCUACAGCCGCCGCGCAUGUGCGCAUCACCUUCACGGCAAACUCACCUGCAAGCGAAGGCGCAGCGAUCGGUUUGGAGCUCGAACCGAAGCAAGACUUUUUUCGCAAGCAGCGCGAGGAGUACGCCGCGCGCCGGCAGGAGCUCAUGGAUGCACUCGACAACCUCGGCCUGCCCUACACAGUCCCGCAUGGCUCCUACUUUGUGCUCGUCGAUGCAUCCAGUAUACACGUCCCCGAAGACUUUCCCUUCCCCGAUGCGGUGCUCAAAAAGGCACGCGACUACCAAAUCUGCUGGUUCAUUGCCAAGACCUGUGACGUGGUCGUGCUCCCUGUUACUGCAUUCUACUCUGACGAACAUGCCCACGCAGGCGAUCGCUACAUUCGCUUCACAUUCUGUAAAGACAACCAGAUCGGCGAAGCGGCGCGCCGUUUAGAAAAGUCGAUUGUGGAUGACGAGCGUCCAAAGAGGAGGAGUAUGCGUGCAGAUGGUGAGCCUAAAAGGCGAAGCUCUUCGCGCACGCCGCACGACGAUCUUGUCGCGAUGGCAGAUGAUGCGGUCGGAGUGCCGCAACGCAGCUUGAGCCGCAGUAACAGCAGGGCAGCGGCAGCCGUGCCGCAAGAAACAUCACGCAAGCGCAGCACUGCGCGCGAUGUGCGCGAUGCGGAUAAACUGAAGGAGAGAGAGGCGCGCCGCGAGCGCCGCAGGGAAGCGCGCAACGAAGAACGCAAAGCCAUGCGCCGUGGCGAGGAAAAAGCUGAGCGCAAGCAUGUAAGCAGGCAUCCUGAUGCCCCAGUGCGUCGUGUAAAACGGCCAGAGCCCGAGGAGCGCCCGCUGCGGCGCAAAGCUCCUCCGGUCGAAUCCAAGUACAUGGGCAUUCCCACGGUCACUAGCCCCGAGCCUAGCGCCCCCCUACGCGACAAUGCAAGCAAACGAAGCUUAUUUGGACUGGGCGGUAGGUCGCUGCUUCGUCGUCGCAAUGACUCUUCGAUGAGCAGCAUGACCGACGCUGAGCGUAUCAAGGAUAUGUAUGCGCAAAACCCCGAUAUGGAAAAUUCUCUCCGCAGCCAAGCCAAAGCGAAGCAGCGCGAGGUGCAGAGCAAGCUGGAUGCCGAGGAACAAGCCAUGCGCGAAAAGCUCGAGGCGAAGGAGCGCGCAAUGCGGGAAAAACAAAUGGCCAAGUCGACUUUGGAGAUGGAGAAGGCCGAGAGCAAGCUGCGUGCCGCGCAAGUCAAGGCCGAUGCAAAGAAUUCCACGGAGAAGGCCAAGCGCGAGGCGAAACAGCAGGCCAUGAUUGUUGCCGAGAAGAAACGCGAAGCUGCAGAAAUUCUGCGCCAGCAGAAAUUGGACGAAAAGGCGCGCAAGCAGCAAGAAAAGAACGUGGCGCGCGAGGCCGUUCAGCGCGACCAGGAAGCCAAAGAGACGGCCGCGAUUGCACAAGCGCGUGAGCAGGAGCGACUGCGCGAACGUGCGGAAAUGGACCGCAAGCAGCGCCGUCUCUUGGCCAUUACGCCUUUCCGCCGCAGGCAGCGCGCAGUGGACGUCGAGUUGGAGCCCGAACAGCGGCACGAGCUGCUUAAAGCGCUGGUUAUGAUGCAAAUAAACCAAGAGUUCCUCGACUUUGGCCGCCCGAACAUUUUGACCAUGUACGGCUACCCUUUUGCGAGCGACUCUAGCGAAAUACAGCGUAAGCGCCGCCUGCAGCUCCAGGUGUUUGCAAAGAAGAAGCAGCCGAGCGCUGCGAUGAGCAAAGAUAUGCUGGAUGCCUUACACGAGCCAUUGAUUUUGCGCCACAUGUACCAAGUCCAUCUGCGCACCUUUCCUUGGCUGAACAAGGCGCCGCUUUCUUUUUGGCGCAAGCGUAUUCAGCGCCUGAACGACGACUACACCCACCUCGGCCUCUCUACAUCGCGCGAGCGCGGAGAAAUGGUCCUGACACACAUGCUUUCCCUCGGCUUCACCCAAUUCCUGGGCAUGUUUUUCUCUCGUGGCUUUGGUGUGCGUGGCGCAAACGAACUGCGUGGCCCUGGCAUGGGCGAUCCCGGCACGGAGGAGUGGGGCGUCGGAAAGAAUUGGGGUGCGGGCACGGUAAAGCGCGGCUUGGACCGCCCCUACCAGCUCAAUGCGCGCGACACGAAACUCAUCGAUAGCUUCUUUGUCGGCCAAGAACGAGAAGCAUGGGUCGCUGCCGGCCGCGACGUGACUCGCAUUGAUCGUGACUGGGACGCGUUUAAAGAGACCAUUAUCGAGCGGGAGGAUGGCAUGGAAGAGCUUCUCGGCUACUUGCCGAUCAGCAAUGUGAACAAUCUGCCCGUACACCUGCAAAACACGGAGGAAUUUGUGCGCGUGCAAGUAGCGCUGAUUGCGCGCUGGCUUUUGUACGAGUCCCCCUCGGCAGACGACUUGUUCCGCUUUGUGCGCGUCAUUCACUCCCUCUUCCCCUACUGGCCAGCCAGGCAGAUCCUCAAGGUGGCCAAUGCACAGGUCAUGAUCCAAAUGUUCCUCUCCCUCUUGCUCGCCUCGCCUGCUGGCUCCAAGUCCCUGUUUCAGCGCAUCGUCGGGUUCGUGCUGAGCAAGCAGGUAAAUGUGGUCCAGCGCGAGUUCAUCGACCCCAUCCAGCGCGAGAUCAAUGAGCCGGCCCUUAUGCAAAAGGUCGACGCGUAUGUGCGCAAUCGGAGCGUGCACGAUGCAGACCGCAUGGAACAGCUCUCUAUAGACAGUGGCGACGAUAUCCUGACCGUCAUCCUGAAUGCCUACGGCGACUUGCGCCUUGACGGCGAAAUGCAGAACCACGUUUUGGACAUGCAGCGCGCGUUUGCCUGCUCGCCCUACCAAGCUGACCCUGGACUGGCCUAUCCGCCAGGAUCAACGCCUGGAAAAGACAAACCUGCAGUCCCGACGUGGGGCGCGACGGUGCCGGAUGCUGCGCGCGCGCGCAUGUUUGCUCUGCUCAAGCUGUACCUGCGUGAGAGGUUGCGCAAGCGCGACUAUGAAAAGUUUGUCGAGCUGCUGAGCACGAGCAUUGUGCCCGACAUUAUCCGCGACGGCGCACAAAUCAUCUUUUACGACAUUAUCCGCGAGGUGGCGUCUGUUGCAGACCUGAGUGCGCGCUUGGGCGACAUGCAAAACCUGAUCGACGACAUGAUCCGUGUGCGGACCAAGACGGACAACAGUGCCGAGCAGUGGGUGGAUUUGGCCCACAAACACCACGAGUUUAUCUACUUUUUCGUCCACGAGAUGGCGCCUGUAUUGGAUCCGCUCUGGAAGUGGUGCCAAACGGGCUGCGACUUCAUGUCGCUCUCUACCACCGACCCCGCCAAUCCUGCCGACCGCAAUGCAGAGAAUAUCGAGGUGAACCUCGACGAAAUGCUUUUGGACGAGCGUUUGUCUGAAAACGACGUGGACGGCAUCAUUGCCGAGGCGGAUGCCAUGGUCGAGUACGCCCGCUGGCGCAAGAUUCGAUUCGCUGUGCAGCUCCGUUCCAUCUACUUGCUGGGCAUCCAGCCUUCGGUCUCUGGCGUUUGGAAAGAAACUAUCCCUACAGAAUCCAUGCGCAAAUCCCUCCGCAGUGUGGACAACAUGAUGAUGGGGCUGCUCCAAACGGAUAAGAUGGAAUACGACGACGGCUACUUGGACAAGAUCCGCGGGUCUGAGCGCCGCGAUUUGCCGUGGGCAUUUUAUGACAAGGCAAACCCGCUGGGGCAGUCGGUGCCUGCCGAGAAGGAAUCGGAUGAGUUCCGUAUGCCGGCGAACAAGGCAGAGAUCAAGCCGCCUUCGCUCGAUUAUACGCGCAAGCUUUUGCCCAUGUUCCGUGAGCUGCUUGUGGCCAAGAUGCCGGACUGGCUCGAUCCAGAAGUGAACAGCGAGCCGAUUGCACACCCCACAACGCUGGUGAACGACUCGACCAAGAUGUUGAAGACGCAGCGGUUCGGCAUAUUCCGCCGCGGAUAA